AUGGAGCUACACGGACCUCGUUUCUCCGACUUCAGCAUCCACUCCCUCAUGACCGCCCGCACCCUGGCUGAGAUGGGCGAUCCUCCGGGCGCAGGAUGGCCCGGGCCGCCCGCUCAUGCCCUCCACCCGGGCUUACAUGACCCGUGGACGCUGCCCCACCAUGCAUACGCUAGGAGCAAUCCAAAUAUGGUGAUGGAUAGCUGGGGACUCCGUCAGUCAGCGGUUGGGCCAAUUCAACCACAUCUGCAAGAUCAACAACCACAGCAUCUGACACCGCAUUUGCAACACGUGCAAUAUCCUCACCCUUUCAAUACCCCGGUGAAACGUUCCUCCUCCCCCAAUUGCGGUAUGACUCGCCCCCCCAGCCUUGAAAGCGGUUACGAUAGUUUCAACUCCCCGCAUCUCCCAGGAGCGACUCCGGCGACUCGCCUACAUCCGCAGGAGGGCCAGGCCUACGUGAAUUUCAGUCCGGUGACGCCCCUCGAAGCCAAUGGUCCCGCGGGAGGCUACAGACAGGAGUGGGCGGCACCCGGCCACGAAAUCGUGGCCGGGGACAUACCCGAACACGAGACGCAGGUUCCUGAGGGAUGUUCGCAGGACGUCGUGGCUCCGUGUCCUACCGGGCAGGCAGAGAAGAAGGCGCUGGACGAGGCCCCGAAGCCCGGUAGUAAGAGGCGCCGCGUGGAGGAGGACGCCGUUAUUCCCUGUGCAGUGUGUGGCGACAAGGCCUCGGGUGUACAUUACCGGGUCCAUGCUUGCGAAGGGUGUAAGGGUUUCUUCAGGCGUGUGACGUCACGGAACACUCGUUUGGUUUGCCCGAGGAACUACCAGUGUGAAGUGACUAGGGAGUCACGCACGCGCUGUCAGGCUUGUCGAUUCCAAGGCUGCCUUCGCGCAGGCAUGGCUAAAGAUGUUAACACGAUCCCGAAGCGUGGUCGAAAGCGUCCCAUCCCCGACGGGGGUGACCAGAGCAGCCCAAUCUCUCAGCCUAGCGAUGACCUCAUUCACAACCUUACCAGUGCACACCACGCCACCUUCUCGCCCGCAUGUCACGCCCAACAGCUUACCGAGGCGAGUCUAUGGGCGGCCGAGGCAGACGUGGGCGUGGAAGGGCGUACGAGAGCGCAGCAAUUCGCCAUGAUGGUGCCGGGUAUCGCCAGCCUUUCCCCGGUCGACCAGCAGACAGUCCUCAACCAGGCUGUGCCAGAAGUUAUGGUUCGUUUUAGGAAGCCUUAUACAAAUUUAAACCUGAUAUAG